CUGGCAAUGAAAGCUGGAGUCACCAUCGCUGACGUUAAGAACGUAAUCAUUUGGGGAAAUCAUUCAAGCACUCAAUUCCCCGAUGCGAAACAUGCCGUAGUCACAAAGGGAGGAAAGGAAGUUGAUGCGUACACUGCCGUCAACGAUACUGCCUUCCUCCAAGGACCAUUCAUCUCGACGAUCCAAAAGCGUGGAGCUGUUAUUAUCCAGAAGCGAAAGCUCUCCUCUGCUAUGUCGGCUGCUAAGGCUGCUUGUGACCAUAUUCAUGAUUGGCACUUUGGAACUAAGCCUACGAUCCAAAAGCGUGGUGCUGUUAUUAUCCAGAAGCGAAAGCUCUCCUCUGCUAUGUCGGCUGCUAAGGCUGCUUGUGACCACAUUCAUGAUUGGCACUUUGGAACUAAGCCUGGAGAAUGGGUUUCCAUGGCUGUGCCUUCUGAUGGUUCGUAUGGUGUUCCUGCUGGUCUGAUAUUCUCCUUCCCCGUAACCAUCGAUGGAGCCACUAAGGAAUGGAAAAUCGUACAGGGACUCUCACUUGACGAUUUCGCUAAGCAAAAGAUGGCAGCUACACAGAAGGAACUCGAAGAGGAGCGUGACGAUGCUCUUAAGGCUUGCGACGAAGCCAACAUGUAA